AUGGCGGCAAGCCCUCUGGCAGUGCUGGGCUACGCGGCGUGUGGCUUGGUGGUGCUGCGGAUGAUCGUCUCCUUCAGGUUCCUGCUGCCGCUGGCGGCGCGGCGCUGGCGGGAGCUGGAGGACAGGCUCCAUUCGUACCAGCACUACAAGAUCCCCCGGUACAACGAGAACCUGCAGGAGAAUCCCCUCUACCGGAAGGCGGUGGCGUACGUCUCAUCGCUCCCCUCUCUCGAGGACUCCGACUACGCCAACAUCUUCUCCGCCACCGCCGGCCCCAAGAAGCUCGCCGGCGGCGACCACCUGUCCCUUCGGCUGGACGCCGGCCGCAGCAUGCGAGACUCCUUCCUCGGCGCCCGCAUCUCCUGGACCAACGUCUCCGACGCUGCCCUGGUUCUGAGGGUCCGCCGGGAGGACAAGCGCCGUGUCCUCCGACCCUACCUCAACCACGUCGAGUCGGUCGCCGACGAGCUCGAGCAGGCCCGCCGGGAGGUCCGCCUUUACACGAAUUGCACCGGCGAAGGGGCCGGGGAGAGCCACCCGUGGAGGUCGGUGCCCUUCGCGCACCCUUCGACGCUGGAGACGAUCGCUAUGGAUGCGGACCUGAAGAACCGCAUCCGCUCCGAUCUGGAGGCCUUCCUGAAGAACAAGGCCUACUACCACCGCCUGGGGAGGGUCUGGAAGAGGAGCUACCUCCUCUACGGCGCCCCCGGCACCGGCAAGUCGAGCUUCGUGGCCGCCAUGGCCAAGUUCCUGAGCUACGACGUCUACGAUCUCGACCUGGCCCGCGUGGCCGAUGGGGCCGACCUGAAGGCGAUGCUCCUGCGGACGAACCCGCGGUCUGUCAUCGUGGUGGAGGACAUCGACCGGCACCUGCACGGACCGGAGGGGGGCAGCCUCUCGGGGAUGCUGAGCUUCAUGGACGGGAUAUUCUCCUGCUGCGGGGAGGAGCGGGUGAUGGUGUUCACCAUGAACGGGAGGAAGGAGGAGGUGGACCCGGCGGUGCUCCGCCCGGGCCGGCUAGACGUGCACAUUCACUUCCCCCUCUGUGACUUCACCGCCUUCAAGACGCUGGCAGGGAGCUAUCUGGGGCUCAAGGACCACAAGCUCUACCCCCAGGUGGAGGAGAUCUUCCAGGCGGGGGCGAGCCUCAGCCACGCAGAGAUCGGCGAGAUCCUGAUUGCUAACAGGGGGUCGCCAUCGCGGGCGCUCAAGACGGUGAUCAGCGCCCUGCAGCAGAUGCAGCGGGGGCAGCAGCAGGUAGGAGGGGCGGCGGGGAGGAUGGGAGCCGCCCUUUUGGGGAGGAUCGGCGGCGGCGGAGGCAUGGGGCGGUGGCGGACGGGGGACGGCGGCGGCGCCAAGGCGGCACCGGCCGAGGAAGGAGGGCUACAGGGCUGCUCCGACCCGAGCGGCCCCUUGGGGACGGGGCCCAAGGAAGGGACGUUGAAGGACUUCCGCAAAAUUUAUGGGCUCCUCAAGAUGCGUGGAGGUAGCAGGAAGGAAGCCAACGAGACGCCGUCAGUCGACAUGGCCGCCGCCGCCGCCGCCGUAGACAAGGACACACCCGCAGAGCGUCCAUAG